UAUAUAUAAUUAUAUUAUAUCGAUCAUAAAAUGUAUGAUUUUUUUUGCGCAACGAACCAGAGAUAUCGUUCGACGGCCUUAUCAAAUAUUCAUGAGGCAUACGUUUUGAUAAUCUAAUCGGGAAACAGAUUAGCUACGUGCUGUAUUGCGGUUUAGCACUAUUCCGAACAAUAAGCGUAAUAUCGCGAAUUCGUGAAUAAUUAUCCUUGACACGUAGGAUCGAAUGGUUAUAAUAGAUAUGCGACAUAGAUAUAAUAAAAAAUCCCUCGAUACACCAAUUUUAUUUGAUAAUAUCUCUAUUGUUAACCAUUCAAAUAACUUCUUCAGAGAUUUAUGAAUGAAAUGAAAAUGUGAACCACUAAUAAUACCGUUAUUAUUACCUAUAUCUAUACAUUGAAUUUCCCAAUCAUGUAAAAUAUUUUUAAUGUUUUGGUGGAAUUGAAUAAAUGGAUAUUCUUUCGAUAAAUAAUGAAUAAUCCUUGAAUUCUUUCGAUAAAUAAUCAAUAUCCAUUGGACAUUGUUAAAUAGAGUUUUAAAUAAGCGUCGAAUCAUAUCGUCAAUUAUACGUAUAGUAUAUUAUACGAAAAAGCGAUAGGAGCAAUUAUACUUCCUGUUUCAUUCAGUUCCGAUUAUAAUUAUUAUCACGGAAGUAUAAAAAGAAGAAGAAGAAAAAAAAAAAUAAAUAAAAAGAAUAACUAAUCUUACGAUCAAUAAUAUUGCACAAUGAUCUCGAAAAAAUGAGAAGAAGAGAAACAGGAAAGAGGAAAGAAAAAAUAUUUCUCAUUGGAAUCAUAACAAUUUCGAAUACGAUCGUUCAAAGACGAACUUAUAAAAACUCGAGAAUCAUUCAGCACUGAUACAUAAGUAAGUAAUAUGACGAGGAUUAUUGCCAUCUCUGUUAGAACCAUUUUCUUUUGCCUGUUUACAGAUGUAGUUUGUGGAUCGCAGAAUUAUUAUUGGAAUAACGCAAGAACGAGAUUUCCAAAACAUGCUUCCUGUACCUCGUGUAAUCGAGAAUGGGCAGACACAUUGUCAUCUCCCUGGUAAGAGGAUUAAUAAUAAAAAAAAACAGGAUAAAAAGGAAGACAAAACCGUUUGCCAAAUUUAGAGAUUAAACAACGAGAGACCCAUUUGGUCUGAUACCUUGUCGUAUCUUUGAUAAGAGGUUUAAUAAUAAUAUAUAAAAAGAAAGUUUGCCGAAUGAAAAAAAAAAAUUGAAAAAACGAUAAUCUGACAUCAACGAAUAAAUGUAUCCAAGACAAAACUACGACGAAAUACCGAGAAACAGGGAAUAUCGUGAUUUCGUUGAAAGAUCCUACGACGAAUGGGCUCCUUCAAGCCCAAUGUCAACAUCUUAUUCUUUCAACAAAUACGGACACCCAUCGAGAAAUGGAGGUGACGAUUCCUCAGAUGUCUUAAUAUCCGGAACAAGAAAUCCAUACCAACAUGAAGAUUCCUUUGAAGAUCGAGAAUCACGAAGGUUCGAUCCUUAUUUGGCUUCUAAGUCUUCCACCAUUUCAUCAAACCAAGAAGGAACGUUAAACCAACAUCCUUUUAUGUUAAUAACAAACUCUGACAGUAAUAAUAGAUUACUGAGUCGAAACUAUCAGUCUCAAAAGUUCCAUGAGUUUGGUGAUCACACAAUAAGGAAUGUUGAGAACAAUCAAAAGUACAAAGUCGAUCGAUCGAAUCGAAUGAAUGAAAUUCCUUAUCGAAGGGUCGAAUCAUUAUCGCAAGAGAAUAUCGAGGAUUAUCAGCCAUCGAAAAAAUUUCUAAUCGUCUAUCGUGCCGAUCGAGAACGAAACUCAUUCGAAAACGAGGAUGAUACAUCGAUCUUCGAGAAAUCUGAUUCGGCGGAUGUACUUAAAGAAUCGAGGAUUCCUCUUGAAAGUUUAGAAGAGAUCGAUGAAUCUGUUGAUUCGAAUUCGUUUUUUAGAAACAAUCCUUCGGAAGAUAAAAUUAUCGAUUCCGUGCCAUUCGUCGAUACGUUUAAACUGUUUGAAAAAAAACAAAUCGAACAUAACAAUUAUUAUGAUUUAUUAAAGAAAUCUAAUGUCCCUAAAACUUUGGAAUUUAUCGACAGAGAACAGCUAUUUCCCGAUCAAAAAGAAAUCACCUCAUUUUGGCAGUUUCAUCAGGAUAAAUCAUCUGAAAGUUUAAUAUCCAAUGAAGAUUACAAAACGAAAGAAUCUACGAAAGGUGAUUCUUUUUUUGAUCAGCAUGACAUUACUAAUAACGAGAAAGGAAAGUUAUUUCCCAUGGAAGCACUAAAUACUUUCAAUGUGGAAUAUGAUGCUACUAAAGGAAGUUCUUUAAAGUUUGACCCCGAUAUUUUAGAUGAUAUUGAAAAUCCUCCUAUUGAACAGACAGAACCAAUUACCAUGAGCGAAUCUACGGAAAGUUCGAUGAUGACAGAGAAUUGAUGAUAAUAAUGCGACUCCUUUAUUGUCUUUUGCAUACUCGAUGCAAUGAUGUAUAUAGAUAUAUAAUAGAAAGUAUCGUACUUAUACAUUCUUUUCUAUGAAUACACCGA